CAUGGUCGCAGAUCAUGGCGGAUGUGGCCGGCUUGUUCUGCGCCUCGUUUGAGCUUGUAGGCGCCGAUGAGACUGCGGUGGUCGCGGUUGCGGCGCAGGAGCUCCGCCGUGGCUCGCUCGCCUCCGAGUCGGUUUGCACCGAGAACCUGACACCAUGGCUCAAGCUCAUUCCGGGGCGGUCUGUCGGCCUGGCGAGUCUGAUCAAACCGCUGCGGGUGUUCAACGUCAAGUACUUUGCGCAGUUUGUGCGGUUCCGGGCGCCGGGCACGCUUGUCCUGGACCUCACGCUUGUGCACACGCCGGAGGGGCUCGGAACCGGGCGGGUCAUGCCGUUGGCGAACUUUGCGCUCCCAGAUCUGCUUGUGGGCCGCGAGGCGGGUCCAGGCGGUAUGCGCGGCUCGCCGCUGGCGGACCGCUCGAUGGUUGUGCUCGAGCUGGACGCGCAGGUGGCCGACGCGACGACGCUCGAGCCUGCGCCGAGCCAAAGGCGUGCGACUGGCGACGGGAUGCGUGUUGAUGCGGUCUACGAGCUGGAGAGCGCUCAGAAUGUGCGUGUGGUUGCGACAGUCUCACCGCCGCUGGCGCCUGCGCUGACGCCGCUGCCGUCUGCAGCAGGCGGGGUGAGCCUCGACCGGCACGUGAGCGGGUCGGGCGGCGGCCCGGGCGGCAUGCACACGUGUGUGGUGAACAGCGGCCGCGGCACGGUCCGCGGCAAGUUUGAGGACGUGUUUCCGGCGUACAUUGUGGCGUACUUUCACACGCUGACGUGGACCGGCGACGGGACGCUGCGCGUGCUGCGUCGGCAGCACGGGCGGCUCGGCUCUGCACCGCACCAUUUCGAGCUUGCGAUCGAAGUUGCCGGCGACGGCGAGCUCUGCUGGUCGUACGAGUUUGACAAGGAGUUCCUGCACCUCAACAAGUAUCCGCCGGACGCGCACCGCGGCUUUGAUCUCGCGUCUGGAGUGCUGCGUGCUGUUCGCGACGGCAGUGACGAGACCGGCGAGCUUGUUGUCUACACGCCGUCAGUCCUGCUCCAUGUUGUCACGCCGGACUUUUCGAUGCCGUACAACGUGAUCACGCUGACGUGCACGGUGAUGGCGCUCUUCUUUGGCUCGAUGUUCAACUCGUUGCUCCGCAAGCCGACGCCUGCUGCCGACGACCAGGGCGACGACGAUGGAGCAGAAUGA